AAGAUUAUUCCACAAACAAAAGGUUGGCCAUCUUGAAAGUGUUGGCCGACAAAAUGUAAUUAGAUCUUGUACCUAAUGUGAAGUGUUGACACACAAGGUUUAGUGCAAAUCUGUGUACCCGUUAAGAGGUUAUGGGCCACAGUUUCACAGUUCAAUAAAAUUAUAACUUAUAUGUGGAAGUUUGUUUUCUUUUAUGCAAAUAUGCAUUACUCCAUGUGUAGCCCUAGCAAUGGGAGGUUCUGUUAUGCAUCCAAAGGGAAAGAGUUGCACACGUUCAGAUUUUCUUUCUAUCUUGUCUCAUCAAUCCAACUCUUUGGGUAGAGUUGUCACUAACUUAUAUGUAGCACGUUCACUUGGACUAACACAUACACUCAAAGAUUACCUUGUUAAAUUGUGAGAAAAUGUCCAAAUCCAAAUUGUCGCUGUGGUAGUAAAAAAAAUUGUGAAGGUAGUAAAAAGGUAGUAAAUUCAACAUAAAAUAUCUGUAGGAACCCUGAUAUUGUUCUUAUUAUUAAAUUAAGAAGCAAGAGCGCUACACCAGCAAUGAUGAUGUUUACAGGUAACUGGGUGCUUUGCUUGCAGCUAUGGAUUAGAGGCAUGCACGUUCCACCUAGGAGUGUGUGAUAUUGAAUAUAUAGCUGUGUUCACACAUAUACCGGUACAAUAGUGGUAUAACUGUAUCGAUACAAAGUAUACCAGUUUAGUGCAUCUGUCCACACUAGUGAGAAAUGUUUGCGGUUCUCUUUCAUGGUAGUUGAAAUGCGCGUGCGCAAAAUGUUUCCGUGGUUACCGAGUAACUUCCUUCCAAGAAUAUGGCGGAUUAAACGACGUGUGUGUGCCAGACCUGCCAGACUCAGCCAUUUGGUUUAUUGAUUGACGAGUCAAACACAAUGGAUAAAAACAAAGACCUCGUAAUAUUGGCACGGGUUUAUGAUAACACCCUUGAGGUCGUAACAAAAUUCAUUGAUCUGCCUGUUUGUAACAUUGGUACAGCUGACAGCAUUUUUGCAAAACUGGAAAGCUCUUUGAGGUAAGUUGAUUUCUCAGUCAAAUUUGCUGGCGCUCUAUAUAUAUAAUGGAAUUUGCUGGCGCUACAGUACAUAUAUAUAAUGCAAGUACUAUUUUCUUAGUCUGGAGAGGUGGUUAGAAAGAGCAUCAGUGAGUACUGUGAAAUUCAGUGCUGUGAAGGUUCAAUUUGGUUUUUAAUCAAUAAUGCAUUUGUGUGAUUCUAGUACAAGAGGAAUUUCGUGGGAUAACCUGGUGGCCUUUAACUCAGAUAAUUGUAGUGUGAUGAAAGGAAGGCACCAUUCAGUCAUUACCAAGUUAAAAGCCAGACAGCCUAAUGUCCAAGAUGUGGGAUGCAUUUGCCACCUUGCCCAACUUGCCACAGGCUGUGGCAUCAAGGCAAUGAAGGCCCGAGUCGAAGAUUUGCUGGUUGGAAUAUACUCUCACUUUGACAAAAGUGCAAAGAGAAGUGAAAUUUAUAAAGAGUUUGUGAAUUUCACGGACACCGAGCACUUACAGCUGCUUCGAUACUGCAGUACACGGUGGCUCAGUCUAUACACAUGCAUCCAAAGGGUGCUGAGUCAGUGGGCUGCCCUGCAAGCAUACUUUAACAGCUGUGAAGAUGAGCGGAGUGCCAAAGUGAGACAGCUGGCCAAUUACUUGAAUGAUCCUCAAGUGAAAUUCUACUUUCUCUUUCUGAGCACUGCUCUCAAGCCAAUGGUGUUAUUCAACACUUCUUUCCAGGCAGAGGGAGUGAUGAUUCACAAAUUGCAUGCUGAAAUGAAACGACUGGUGAAGAGGUACAUGGGGUACAUCCUGCCGGCCAGACUGAUUGUGGACCCUUUGACUGAGGUGUCACUCAAUGAAGAACACCAGCUGCCAAAUACUGAGCUCUUCGUCGGAUCUGAGGCUACAGCAUUAAUUGUGAAUGAAGACCUCUCCACAGCGAGAAUCUAUAAGACAGCCAGGGCCUUCUACGUUGAAACCAUUAGGAAGAUGCUGAAGGUUUUCUCUCUUGAUUCCGAGCUGCUGAAGGCGCUAACCGUGCUUGACCCAGCCUCUCGCCUGGAUCUCUCACCAGUGACAGUGACAAGGCUAGGUGAGAUGCUUCCUCAACUAAGGCUUGAUCCAGAUAAACUGAGGGAGGAGCUAAUAGACUACCAAGUUGCUGACGAGAAGGAAUUGCCACAGGAGCAGAAAGUGGACAGAUUCUGGGGCCUAUUAGGGAAACAGUGCUUUAGUGAGAUAGCUAGGCUUAUGAAAGCAUUAUUGUGUAUUUCCCAUAGCAAUGCCUCCUCAGAAAGAACCUUCAGCAUGGUAAGGAAGAUAACUACAGAGAACAGGUCAAGUCUGAGCAAUAGUACUCUGUGCUCUUUUUUUGUCCUGCAAGAUAAACUACACCAAACCUGCUCACAAGUAUGCCCCUUCUAAAAAUGUUCUAAAAGCGGCCAAGUCAGCCACCUACUUGUACCUACAUGCCUCUACAAAAGAAUAGGCACACUUGCAAUACACACUGUCAGAAGACAUACAAUGUAUACAAUCAAGGGCAUAAUCAGUAGCCUACAAUAAGUGCGGAUGUAAAAUUAAAGUUUUUUCCUAUGAUGUCAUUGUCAUUUUGUUAUUGUACCAUGUUAUUUUGCUCUUACUUAAUUUUUUAAUAAAUGUUGGAAUGUGGAUCAA